UGCUCGCUCGAGCUCGUCCUGAUAACAACACAGCAAGAAGAAGGAAGCAGCGACACCGUUACUAAAUUGGUGUCCUUUACUUAGUUUUUUACCAACAAGCUCCCAGCACAGAAACAGAUAUUCAUCAAAUAUUUUUAUUUUUUAUAUAUAUAGUUUACGCUUUGGAUCCAGCUGCUACCUUCGUUUUCGUUGACUGCCUACUGGUUGACUUUGAUGCAACAUGCCUUCAGAAAAAACCUUCAAACAAAGAAGGACCUUCGAGCAGCGGGUGGAAGAUGUCAGACUGAUCCGAGAGCAGCACCCCAACAAGAUACCGGUGAUCAUUGAGCGGUAUAAAGGAGAAAAGCAGCUUCCCAUCCUGGACAAGACCAAGUUCCUGGUGCCGGACCACGUCAACAUGAGUGAACUCAUCAAGAUCAUUAGGAGGCGCCUCCAGCUGAACUCCAACCAGGCUUUCUUCCUGCUGGCCAACGGACACAGCAUGGUGUCCGUGUCGGCUGCCAUCUCCGAGGUGUAUGAGCGGGAGCGGGACCAAGAUGGCUUCCUCUACAUGGUGUACGCCUCCCAGGAGACUUUCGGCUCUGACGUGACCGCCCAGUGAACGGCUCCUCUUCUUCUUCCACUUGGCAGGCGAUUGAACAAUUGUAGUUUUUAGCCCCCCCCCCUCUGUGUCUCCUGCCACAAACCUCUAGUCUUUACUGUAAGAACUAGAACACAUAGUGCUUAAUCUAAACGCGGCAUGCAGUCAUUUGCAGCUGGACUCGAUUCGGGUUGUGAUCCAUAGUGCGACCGCAGUGAGCGAGCUACUGUUUGUGUGCGGCCACACUCCCCAAAUCAUGUUGAUCUGCACAAUUUGAGUAGAGAAAUACCCUAAAUGUGUGUCUCUGUUUCCUUUAACGUCCUCUCCAGUGGGUCACGUCCGCUGUCAUGGCAACGUACCGCCAGUCGUUUUUCAGCGUUGUAGUCGCGCGCGUCCUCGGCUGUAUUUAUGUUCAUGCACAUACACAUAUCAGGUAGUGCAUAAAAGUGUCACAGCUCCACCACUUGUCUAUAUACUCAUUGGCCCAUGAUCAAAGCCGAGGUAAAGCGUGAGGUUCUUGGAGACGGCACAACAGAAAGACGAGGGUUUGAGGGUCUUUGUGUUUUUAUUGGAGCUUUUUAUUGCAGUGAGGAGGCGACGCUUCUGAAGUUUUAGUUUGGAGAUAAAUUCUAAAUGAAGUAGAGAAAAUCCCUUUUUUAAUUUGUUUUUUUAUCCCUUCCCGCCAUGUAUCUUCACUGUAACAGAACUGUGUCGGGUGGGGGGGGGGGCGGGGGAUUUGCUUUUGCUCUGGAAACGGAUGAUUAUAGUUUGCAACAAAACAAAAUGAAAAAAAGCCUUGGUGUACAGAUAUUAUAAACUUUACAGCUUUGAAUAUAACGGGGGUUCCAUAAGAGUGUAACCAAGUUGACUUUGGACACACUACGGGAGCAGGGUCUGAUUGCAUGUGCGAAUGGAGGAUGACAAUAAGGGGUUUCUGUAAAUUCUGACGAGGGGAAGGGGUGGGUUGUCAUUUCCUUUCCAAUUUUAAGUUCUUUGUCACAAGUAUUUAUUAAUGUGAUGAAGAAAUGGAGGGAGGUCAGACAGACAGUGAAUCGGGCGCCGGUCAACGAGCGUCGUAUCUGGAGGUCCGUCCAUCUUGUGUUUCCCAGAGCCGCUGUUCACCAUCCAACCAGCGCCUUUGCCGCGGGAAGCGUCCGCCGGUCCUGUGGGGACUGUUACAAGGGCUUCAGGAUAUAUUGACCCCUUUAUAGAUGGGCCUCUGCACUGUGCUGUGCUUUUAUAUAUUGCGUUAUUUCAUCAUUUUUGGUUCCUUUUCAUGCAAUGUGCGUUUUAUUUCACUGUACAAUGUGUCCCUUCUCUUAGCUGUCCGUGUGGUAUGUGACGUUUCCCCACCAGUGAAAGCCACUGUGUGCUCGUUAGAGAGGGGUGGAGCGUUUGUUCCCGUGGUCUUUUCUGCCUGCUCCUCGGUUUCACAUACACGUAUAUCCACACACAGCAAAAUCACACAGCCUCUUCUUAUGUAUUUAUGUUGGUAUUUUGUAAACAAUAAAAGAAAAGAAAAAGUUCA